UUCGUAAUUUCCCAUUUGCAAUCUUUUCGUUGAAUCUACACGGAUCUUGACGCACUGACUUGCCGAUCGUUUGCCCUCUUCGUCCCCUGACCCUACAGCAUCUCAUCUGGAACGAUUUUCUUUUGUCGUGGUCAUACCGAAUUCGUUCAUUGUGUGUGUGCCCUUCCGUGGUUUUUUUUUUUGAUCACCUGCCAACCCGGUCGGUCGUCUACAAAAAAAAACCCGCUUCCCCUAUAGUCGCCGCACAUUUUACUCUGUAUCCUCAUUGUACUUUUGUUGGUUUUUGGACGGGGUGAUAUUUUGUCAAGAUGAUGGUGUCAAAUGAAAACCCGCGGUCGAGUACCUCGAGAGCGUCGACUGCGCCUGAUGUGUUACGGAGUCGGAAUCGGAAGAGGGAUGAUGCUAUUCGUAAAAAGGUGGAGCAAGAACUCUCCCGCAAGACGGGUCGCAAAAGCCAUACGAGUACGACAUCCCGGCGCAUCAAAUCCGGUACCGUCUCCUCCCUCCGCCCAGCUCCAGCAAUCAUUAUCCUCGAAACAGCUCGAAUCGUCCAGGCAGCACAAUUAAUGGCUGCCAAGCGUGCUGAUGCCGUACUGGCUGUCAACGAGGAAGGAGCGCUUGUAGGCAUCUUGACAGAUAAAGAUAUUGCCUAUCGUGUUGUUGCAGAGGGACUGGAUGUGCGUGCUACCCUCGUGUCGGCCGUCAUGACGAGAAAUCCAAUCUCUGUUUACGACAAAGGGAACCGUAACGAGGCAUUGAAUAUCAUGGUGUCGCGUCGGUUCCGCCACUUGCCUGUCAUUAGUGACGGCCUUGGUGGGCCAGAUGACGAUCUGGACGAUGAUACCCUGUCCGAAAUGGGAGCGGGAACCAGUGUAGUUGGCCUCCUUGAUAUCACAAAGUGUGUCUUUGAACGUCUGGAUGAUUUGGAGCGAAAAGUUAGCGAAGACCAAAAUAUUAUUAAUGCCAUGGAAACCCUUGAGCGUCGUGGUUCUGUCGCGUCAGAACAUGUUGGGCUGGUCCGACAGCAACAUGGGUGCCCGGACGUGGGUACCGUUCUGUCUCAAAUGAAUGUAGAGCACGUGGAUGACAUUGUUCCUGAGAUUGGCAUCAAGGCAACGGUUCGUGAUGCCGCGAGGGUCAUGAAAGCCAAUCACCAGACCGCCGUGCUGGUUAGCGCUGGGGAACAGGAUGAACGCAUUGGAGGUAUAUUUACGACAAAAGAUAUUGUGCUGCGGGUUUUGGCUGCCAGUUUGGAUCCUACGACCACGUCUGUUGUCCGCGUCAUGACACCUCACCCUGAUUCGGUCACGACGGAUACAUCGAUUCUAGAUGCUUUGAAAAGACUUCACGCUGGCCAUUACUUGCAUCUCCCUGUUGUAGAUGCGGGAACCCCAGUUGGGCUCGUGGACGUGAUGACAUUGACGAUUUCCAUGCUGACGUAUUUGAUUUCAAAAGAUGGUGGUGCGGAUGUCUCUGCUGAGUCUGGGCCGAUGUGGAACCGGUUCUGGAACUCGACGUUUGCUGCUUCGACCGUCGAGACCGAAUCCGACCGGCACUCUGCCGCAUCUGAUUCCAUCGCCUCUUCUGCCGUCUCCCACAAUUACCUUCCUCCAACUCCCAGCGAACGCAACUAUCGGAUGCACCCGACCUCCCCUCACCCCUUUGACCACACACCGCACCGACCCGUGGAUGACUUGAUGUCCGCGGUGGGCGCAUCGACCAUGUACGCCCGCUCCGUCAUCGACGAUACCCACUUUGCGUUCAAACUCCGCGACACAAAGACCUCCAAAGUGUACCGCUUCACAUCCCGCACAGACUCUUUUUCGGACCUCCUCGCCAAAGUCCGCUCUAAAAUCCCUUCCGACGCACUUGAUGAGCAAUUAAACUAUAUUGACGAUGAAGGCGAUGUCGUUGCCUUGACUUCCGACAAGGAUCUCGAGGAAGGCAUUGAGAUGGCGCGCUCAGCGGGCUGGAAACGCCUCGUCAUCUUUUUUGGCACUCCCCCACAAAGUUUACCUUCCUUCCGCAUGGAUGAUGAUUCAAACAGUUCAGUCUGUUCCUCCCCCAUCUUGCGUCGUCGACUUCGCGGGGAUGAAGGUGCGCUUGUACGUUCUCCAGUCGAACAAAAUGGUGUGAUGCAGUUUUUGCGAGAUGCGCCUUUACCUGUCAAUGUAGCCAUUUCGGCGGGGAUUGUUGUGGUGGCUGGGUUGGUUUUUGUGAGGUUGGCCAAGUAGUAGGUAUAUUAUUUUUAUUUUUAAUUGGGAUGACAGGUAUGUGAGGGAGGAUGACGGGGUUUUUGGUGCAGGGAUAUGUAAAUAUAUAAUAGGAUGCAGGAUGCUUAAACGGG